CCCGCCCCUUAGUCGAGGGAGCCUCUCGGAAGCGCCACGUCGGAUCUUCCUGAGGGAGCGCGUUGGGCGCCAUUGACCCGGUUGCAGGGCGGUGUGGGGCCUCGGAGGGGGGAUGUGGGGGGCGCCGGGGCUGUUGGCCCUGCUCUGGGCCGGGGGCUGCCUGGGCCUCUCCUUCCAUCUCCCGCCGCAGACGCGGAAGUGCCUCAAGGAGGAGCUCCACCGAGACGUCAUGGUCACCGGCGAGUACGAGGUCUCCGAGGCCGCAGCGCCGGGUGUCAGGGCCGACCUCCGGGUCACCGACUCCUCCGGUCACAUCCUUUACUCCAAGGACGAUGCCAAGAAAGGGAAGUUUGCCUUCACAACCGACGAUUAUGAAAUUUACGAGAUUUGCUUUGAGAGCCAUGGGCAGCCAGGGAACUUCCGGGUCCCGGACCAACUGGUCACCCUCAACAUCAAGCAUGGUGUGGAGGCCAGGAAUUAUGAAGACAUAGCGAAGGCUGAGAAGCUGAAGCCCCUCGAGGUGGACUUGCGCCGGCUGGAGGACCUUUCCGAAUCCAUCGUCAAAGACUUCGCCUUCAUGAAGCAGCGAGAGGAGGAAAUGCGGGACACCAACGAGUCCACCAGCGCCCGUGUUUUCUACUUCAGCAUCUUCUCCAUGCUCUGCCUGGUGGGUCUGGCCACUUGGCAAGUCUUCUACCUUCGGCGUUUCUUCAAGGCUAAAAAACUCAUUGAGUGAGCGGACAGGCAGCUUCGAUUCUGGGGUAAAGGGAACGAAUGGAUCUCUCUGCCGGGCUCUCGUCUUGAUUCCUCCAGGGGUGUCCAAGGUGAACCGUGGUCUUCAAUGAACUCUUCCUCGCUCUGAGCCAGUGCCAUCUCAUUGGAUCCCUUUCAGGGGGAAUUUCCCUUUUGUUUUGGUGGAACGCUCAAAAUGGACUCAACAUUUCAUUGCCAACCAAGAUAGCACUGGCCAUCUUAAAAGCCAUGGGUUGCGGAGGAUGAUUGGAAAACCACUACAGACUGCUACGCUUCCUUCUACCCCUUGCUGGUGAUGGGAUUUUCAAGAGUGGCUUGGUGUUUGAUUUGGUCAGUUAAAUGGAAUCCCAGUCACACAAAAAAACACUGGAUAAAUAUUUUAAGUACGGUAAUAAAUUUUGGUUCCUAGA